CGAUACGCAGCGGCUGUUAUUUUGGUCCACUGUUGAUGUCAGGCAGUCCAUUUAAUGGAUCCACUCCUUCCGCCAUUCCGUUGGUAACGGAAAUGGGUUCUCGAAGCUUCACUCCGCUUGCUCUCGUCGUCCUCCUCCUCCUCCUCCUCCCUUCCUCUGUGAACCCUAGGCGUAGCCCUCGGCGGGCAUACCCUCGGAGCCCGUUCCGAUUCGCGGAAGACCUCAUCAGGGAUCUCAACCUUCAGCCGGUGAUCCAAGAGAUCGAGGGGGAGCAGAAGGGAGACGACUUUUCGAGCCCUCGCCUCGUGGAGAAGAGGCUUAAUCUCGAGAUACUCGGAGAGUCCGGAUCGGAGAUACCGAUAGAGCAGCUAGGGCAUCAUGCUGGAUACUAUCGCCUUGAACACACUCAUGCCGCCAAGAUGUUCUAUUUCUUCUUUGAAUCCCGAGGCAAAAGUAGUGAUCCAGUUGUUAUUUGGCUGACUGGAGGUCCUGGUUGCAGCAGUGAGUUGGCCCUUUUCUAUGAAAAUGGUCCAUUUAAAAUUGCAGAUAACAUGUCGCUUAUCUGGAAUGACUAUGGGUGGGACAAGGUGUCAAACCUUAUUUUUGUCGACCAACCCACAGGAACCGGCUUUAGUUAUAGUACAGAUUUACGGGACCUUCGCUAUAGCGAAAAGGGUGUAAGCAAUGAUCUAUAUGAUUUUUUGCAGGCAUUUUUUAGAGAGCACCCAAAAUACUUGAAGAAUGAGUUCUAUAUAACUGGUGAAUCAUAUGCGGGACACUAUAUUCCUGCUGCAGCUGCAAGAGUUUAUAGAGGAAACAAAGAGAAGCAGGGCCUUCAAUUAAAUCUAAAGGGUUUUGCUAUUGGUAAUGGGCUCACGGAUCCUGAAAUCCAGUAUGGUGCAUAUGCCGAUUAUGCACUUGACAUGGGUAUCAUUGGAGAAAGUGCCUACAAAAGCAUCAGCAAGAUAUACCCCCUUUGUGAACUUGGAGUAAAACUUUGUGGUCCUUCAGGGGUAAUAGGUUGCCUGGCUUCUUAUGUUGUUUGCAACUCCAUCUUUACUUCCAUUAUGCUACUUGCUGGAGAUAUGAAUUAUUAUGAUAUUCGAAAAAAAUGUGAGGGAAGCCUUUGCUACGACUUCUCGAACAUGGAGAAAUUCCUAAACCAGAAGUCCGUGCGGGAUGCGCUUGGUGUUGGUGAGAAGAAAUUUGUGUCAUGUAGUCCUCUUGUUUAUGAAGCCAUGAUUACUGACUGGAUGAAGAAUUUGGAAGUGGGUAUUCCUACUCUGAUUGAUGACGGUAUCAGACUACUGGUGUAUGCUGGUGAAUAUGACCUCAUAUGCAACUGGUUAGGGAAUUUUAGAUGGGUUAACUCAAUGGAGUGGUCAGGUCAUCAGAUAUUUGCUGAAGUUCCAAUGUUACCAUUUGUUGUUGAUGGCAAGGAAGCAGGACGGUUAAAGUCAUAUGGACCUCUGAGUUUCCUCAAGGUACAUGACGCUGGUCACAUGGUUCCAAUGGAUCAGCCUAGGGCAGCAUUGGAAAUGCUGAACCGAUGGUUGAAAGGAAAUUUGAGCGAAGGAUGGAACGUCGCUGCAGUUGCUGACAUGUAGUGGAAAUACAAGAAUUUCAAACAAUACUCGUAAAGCAUCAGGUUUCCAAGAAGCUGCUUUGCAUAUCAAUAUAGUUUUUAACUCAAAACCUGGUCCUAUGUUGUACAUGUUGAUGAACAUAGUUGUAAAAAGGCAAGUCUCAAAUUCAAUACUUUCAAAACCACAUUUCAGAGAUGUUUAUCUGGCCAAACCAAUAUAUGUAUACUUAUAUAAGGGUUUGUGUAUCUAAACUAUAGCUCUGUAGAUUUGUAUGCGUUCUACUUGUUUGUGAACAAAUUGCGUGCUGUUCUACCUA